CUGUUUACUGCCGUUUCUCAACAUGAACAACAAGAAAAACAAAAACAAACCACCGUGUAACGAUAAAAGCAAAAGACGAGAAGAAAAGGAAGAACAAAUUUUGCAAGAGUUUAAAAAUAAAAUUCAGGACAGUUUACCACCAAAUUGUGAUGAUUUGUAUCUGAAAAAAUGGCUAAAAGCUCGUCGUUUUGAUGUGAAGAAAGCAGAGGAUAUGUAUAGAGCGAGUCAUCUGACCAGGAAGAAACUCGGGGUCAACACAAUCUUAGAUAACUACAAACCCCCAGAGGUAUUAGAAAAGUAUUUAACUGGUGGUCUGUGUGGUCAUGAUAAAGAAGGUUCACCAGUUCGAAUAGAAUUAUAUGGUAAACUCGAUAUGAAAGGAUUAAUGUACUCAGCGAAAAAAAUAGACAUGGAAAAAACCAAACUUUUACAGUGUGAAGAAAUUGUACAGGAUUGGAAAGAACAAUCCGUCAAGCUUGGUCGACAUGUAGACCAAUUAACUGUAAUAUUUGAUAUGACGGGAGUCAGUACUAAAAUGCUCUGGAAGCCAGGUUUACAAAUGUAUCUCCACCUUGUAAAAGUUUUAGAGGAUAAUUAUCCCGAAAUGAUGAAAAGAAUGUUUGUUGUGAAUGCGCCAGCUAUUUUCCCACUUUUAUAUAAAAUAUGUCGCCCACUGGUUAGCGAUGAUAUGAAGAAUAAAAUUCACGUGUUAGGUGAUGAUUAUAAAGAUGUUUUGUUAAAGUAUAUUGAUACUGGUGAACUUCCUGGAUUUCUUGGAGGAAAUAAAACCGAUCCUGAUGGGAACCCAAGGUGCACGUCCUGGAUUUGUCAAGGUGGUGAAGUACCUGUUAGUUAUUAUUUAAAAGACACAGAAAAUUUUACUUCUCUACAAACAAUGAUAGUACCUAAUGGUGAAACGGUCAAUUUCACUUACAAUAUAACAGAACCCGGUACUGUAAUAAGUUGGGAAUUUCAAACAGAAGGCUAUGACAUCGGUUUCGGUGUCUUCUAUUUGAAAGAUGGUAAACAAAUAUCAGUUGUUGCUAUGGAAAGAGUAAAUAGUCACAUGGUACCGCAAGAUGGAAAUCUGUCAUGCCAGGAAAUUGGAACUUAUAUAGUUUGUUUUGACAAUACGUUUAGUUGGACAAGGAGCAAGACAGUCAAGUACAGAGUGGAAGUUAUUGUUAAUGAUGAGGAACUAAAAGGUGAAAUAAAUGAAAUGAAUGAAGAUCGAGCGUUAACUGAAGACAUGUGUUUGUAAGAGAGUCAUGGAUUAAACGGGAAAUAAAAUGGUUAACCGAU